AUGCCCUCCUUCAUCGGUACGCAGACACCUCCCCCCGACGAUCCGUCGUAUGCCGCCUCAAGUUCCAAGACCACCCCUCGCCCUUGGUUCCCGAGACCACCAUCGCUGCAGCCCACUUCAUAUCAAUCAGGGGCUAUUCCUACUUUCAAUACCUCACAGGCAGGUGGACAGGGUGCCGUAGACGAGGCUGAGGCCGAGGCCGGCGCAAACAUGUGGGAGACGCGGUAUGGUCUGCGAGUGGACAUGUUGGCCGCAUCUGCGUACUUGUUGGGGCCAAUAUCUGUGCUGCUCAUUACAGAAACCCACAACGACUUCGUGCGUUUUCAUGCAUACCAGUCGGCAUUGCUAUCUACACCGCUAGUCUUACUACGCAUAUUGGCUGCGCUUUCACGAUUCCCAUCCCUCUUGUGCACGUUGCUUACUCUCUUCAUCGUCCCGUGUCUACUUUACAUGGCAUGGCGAGCAUAUAUCGAUGCAACCCGUAACGGUCUGGUGCGAUUCCAGCUACCAUGGGUUGGUCCAAUAGCAGACCAGUGGGUAUCUGAAGAGUAA